GCCACCUUCAAUUCACUAUCACGGUCCGUACAAUGGAUACAGAUGCCAGCCCAGCAGGUACCCGGCCAUAUCGCUCCAAAUUGAAGCGACCCUGUGAUCGCUGUCGCACCAGAAAGAUAGCUUGCAUCCUCCCUGAAAGUGGUCCUUGCCGUAAUUGCAUGAAUGUUGGCAAGUCAUGUACAUUUGAAAAACCGCCUACUCCACGAAACCGUGACAUUCGGAACAACAAUACGCCAAAUAGAUCUCCUAAUUAUUCUCUGAGUCAUGUGACUGGUUUCGAUGAGCCUAACGAGCCCACCAGUUUCGACAAAGGAGGUAUUGACAGCUUUCUUUUCCAAACUGAUUCCAACAACUUCCACAGACGACAUCAGGAUCAUGAUAGCCAUACUCUACCUAAAAUAAACAGAAAGCGAAGCAAGUUGGUACGCAGUUAUGACCUGAUCUUCUCUUCAGAUACUUUCAAGACUCAAGAUGCACCCAAAUUCCAGCACAUUCGAUCCCUUGAUCAGUUGGAUGCCUCAACUGCACAGGUCUUUGGUACCUCGGCAGAGUCAGAUCCAUGGCUACUGCGUCAUUGCAAGUAUGAUGAUAAUGGAAUGCUUCAUCUCCAUGGAAUACACUUUCGAAAUGUUGGUGGUGUACCAGUGGAGGGUUUAGUCCCUGUGCAUUUCCUGGUGACUGAGGAUUCGCUUCUGGAGCCACUCAAAGAACCCACACCAGUCUCUACGGGAAUGGAUGUGCCGAAACUGAGGCAAGAACUGAACAGGAUGAUUCCGCUUAAGUUUGGUGUACGGUUAAUCCUGCUCUUUAUGAAAUUUGUUUACUCUAUGAUGCCCCUCAUUUCUCGGUCUCAGAUAGGUCUCCCUGGCAGAUUGAAUGAACAGUCCUUGCAAGACGUUCCCGUACACUUACUCGCGGCUCUCUAUGCAUCUGCUCUCCCGUUCAAGAUUCACGACCCCGAGUUAGUCCUAUGUGGAGCCUAUGAAAGCCAAUUGUGCAACAAAUUGUGGCGCAUUGUAUAUCAACUCAUCAUGCAGGAGAUUCAUACGCCGCAUUUGUCCGUUCUCCAAGCUUGUUUGUUGUAUCUACAGCGCUUACCCGUUGGAAGUCAAAGUGCAUUGGCAGACAGUCCAUUUAUCUGGUCAUUUCUUGGAACCACAGUUGGUUUAGCAUCUUCGCUGGGUCUCCAUCUUGAGCCUCGGCCUUGGGGAAUUCCUGCCUGGGAGAAAAGGCUUCGACGGCGAUUAUGGUGGGCUGUCUAUAUUGAAGAUAAAUGGCGAAGCUUGCUCAUAGGACGCCCGCCAUUUAUCGAUAGAGAAGAGUGGGAUGUCCAGAAUUUGGAUGAGUCUGACUUUGUCGUAAAUGGUCUUGACGAAGGUGUUGAGCACGGUCUAAGUCACGAUCGAAUAGAGCAUGGAGCCAUCUUUCGGUCAUUCACAAAAUUGGCCAUCAUAGCGGAUAACAUUCAUCAGACCUUCUACACCCUCCGAGCGUCUCAAAAAAUGUGUCAAGAUUUUCGAAUAUCAAUUAAUGCUGCUCGGCCUAUCCGCGAAGAGUUACAGGCAUGGUACGCCUCUCUUCCUGAUUCGUUACGGAUCAAACAAAAACCUGAGAAUAGCUAUCAAAAUACCCCUCACAUUGAAGGUGUUAGCUCAUUGCAUUUCGCAUAUCUAAUUCUUGAGCUAUUUGUAUAUCGCGCUAUCUUACGACCGUUAGCCCGAUCUCCACCCCCGCCUCCGAUAGCAGACGACAAGGACCCCCAGAAUAUUGCAUGGUUGCUUGAAGAUUUGGGCUGUGAUGGACAGGGUCUAGAUCAGCUCCCUGUGGUGGACUUUUCAGAGUUGGGCGAUGCCGCAGAGGCAACAUUAAACGCGGCCGAGAAGUGUGCGGGUAUUAUUGUCAACUUUGUUGGAGCUAUGACCGAGGUUGAUUUUGAUACGUUUUGGUAUCCAUGGACUCGGAUAUCCUUCGCUACAGUAUCCAAUUUUAUACUUCUACUCCUCAUUCAAGCACCAACAGCCCAGCAUGCCUCCCGAACAAAACACCUACUCGAUAUAUGGCUACAGAACCUCAGUUGUCAAUACAAGAACCAUGAAAACUUGAUGUCACUGGGUUUGGUACGCCUAAGCACUCUGAUGGCAGAUGGACUAGAACGCAAUUUCAACAUUUCUUCACACGUCGCUGAGAUCUUGACUAUGGAUAACACCAACGGUUGGCCCAUGCAGCAGUCCUCUGGAUAAAGUUGGCCGGCAGUUUGCCCGUGGCUGACGCAAGAUAAACUUAUCUCGGCACUUGUUCCGAUGCCCCA